AUGAUCAGCCUCAAGGGCACUCUCAACGUCAUAGACAACUCAGGCGCACUAAUCGUCGAGUGCGUCAACGUCCUCAAGCACAAAGUCAAUCACGGCUCAGGCGGUGUCGGAGACGAGAUCGUCUGCGUCGUCAAACGCGCCAGACCUAUCCCCGCAUCUGCACUCCUCUCCUCCACCGCAGUUAGAGUGAAAAAAGGGGAUGUCCGCCGUGCACUCAUCGUUCGCACGAAAAAGCCCGCCCCUCGCCCCGACGGCCGGAUCGUCAAGUUCGACGACAACGCGUGUGUGCUAUUGAAUAGCAAAAAAGAGAUGCUUGGUACGCGAAUUGGUGGUCCUGUGAGCGCUGAGCUUCGAACGAAGGGUUGGGGAAAGGUGCUUAGCUUGGCGCCGAAGGCUUUCGUCAUCGUCAUGCAUACUUAA